AUGAUCGCUGCAGCAGGCUUUAUAGUCAUGUUCAUGACCUGCGCCAUAAUUUUUGCCUACGGUGUAUACCAAGCUAUCUACGAGGAAAUGGCCAAACAGACCCAAACGCCAUUUACUGGGACGUCUUCUUCCGUUAUCAGUUUGAUCGGAACUCUGUCCAUCGCCAUCAUGUCCAUGGGCGGGCCUUUCGUCAUGACAUGGGCUAAGCUGUACGGUCCACAGCCGGUGGUUAUGUGCGGUGGCGUUGUAUUUGGACUGGGGUGUAUUCUCGCCAGUUUGAGCGAGUCUGUUUGGGAAUUUGCCCUAACACAAGGCGUGCUGGUCGGAAUGGGCACCUGCAUGGCCUAUGUACCGACCAUGUCCGUUGCACCAACAUGGUUUGAUAAGCGCCGUGGCCUCGCCAUGGGCAUCGUGAUCUCAGGGUCCGCAUGCGGUGGGAUGGUCUGGCCCCCCGUGCUACGAGCCAUCACUUCUUCCAUCGGGUUCCGAAACGCGCUCCGUAUUUCCGGCGGCCUUGUGAUCCUGUUCGUCCCGCUGGCUGGCUUCACCUUGCGCUGGGAGCCCAGCUUCAAAGCCAAAGUCCAGGGUCAAACGGCCGGCCUUUCGAAGAAAACCGGCUGGAUCAAUGUACCACUGGUCAAUUGGCGGGUAGCCAAGUCCAAGAAGUUUGUCUCGCAAGCUCUGGGCUGCUUCUUGCAGUCGUCUGGGUACGCGACGCCACUCUUCUUCUACGCGGCGUUUGCACGUUCCCUGGGGCAUAGUGAGAGCAUGGCGGAUAAUUAUAUUACAAUCAGCAAUGCGGCCAACUUCGUCUCUCGUAUCUUCAUCGGAUAUAUGGCGGACAAGUUCGGCCGCCUGAACGUGCUCUUUUUGACGACAAUUCUGAGUUCGGUUACCGUCUUUGCGUUCUGGCUUCCGGCAACGUUUGCUGACCACUCCAUCUCCGGGACUGCGGCAGAUGUGCUGUUCGUCUUGUUCGCUAUCUUGUAUGGCUGCUUUGGCAGCGCAUACAUCUCGCUGUUCCCGGCCAGUUUGAUCGAGUUAUUCGGGGUGCAACACUUUACCUCGGUUAAUGGUGCACUCUACCUCAUUCGAGGAAUGGGUGCUCUGCUGGGGACGCCAUUGACCGGGUUAUUGUUGCCUGGACAGUCGGCGUUGUCGGCUCCGUUCAAUUACGAACGGGCGACUAUAACUGUGGGAGUCCUGCUCUUUGCUGCUAGUAUGGCGACUCUGUGGGUGAGGAUCGAGGGUGCAGCUGGCAAGGCUUGGACGUGGAAGCUGUAA